AUGGGACCAUUCCCGCCUUCAUACAAGAACGAGUAUAUUCUAGUUGCAGUGGAUUAUGUCUCAAAGCGGGUGGAAGCAAUCGCCAGCCCUACUAAUGAUGCGCGUGUUGUGACCAAGAUGUUCAAAUCUAUCAUCUUUCCAAGGUUUGGAGUACCUAGGGUGGUCAUAAGCGAUGGAAGCACCCAUUUCAUCAACAAGGUCUUCCAAGGUCUCUUGAAAAAGAACGGUGUCAAGCAUAAAGUUGCAACCGCAACAGCCUACAAGACACCACUCGAGACCACUCCUUAUCACCUAGUGUAUGGCAAGGCAUGUCAUCUCCAUGUGGAACUAGAGUACAAAGCGGCAUGGGCUGUCAAACUGCUCAACUUCGAUAUCAAAUCAGCCAAGGAGAGGCGCUCCAUCCAGAUAAACGAGCUAGAGGAGAUCAUGCAUAUAGCUUCUGAGAGCACAAAGAUCUACAAAGAAAAGACCAAGGCAUAUCAUGACAAGCGGAUCAUCAGCAGAAGCUUUGAACCGAAUGAUGAGGUCUUGCUCUUCAACUCCAGGAUGAAGCUGUUCCCUGGAAAGCUGAAGUCCAGAUGGUCUGGACCGUUUAUCAUCAAGGAGGUACGACCCUAUGGGGCAGUUGUGUUGCUGGACAUGAAUGGAGGAGAGUUUGUUGUUAAUGGUCAGCGUCUCAAGCCAUACCUUGCUGAAACAACAAUCGCAGAAGGUGAAGAAAUUCCCUUAGGCGAUCCCUCCACAGCCUAA